CAGCGGGAGAGGUAGGUCUCAUCAGAGGCUCAAGAUGUGGUGUUCUGAGCUUCAGCAGGCGUGGAUUUACACUGGAUCUGGUUGGCAUUCUAGAGAUUGUCUUGGGAGAGACAUUGAGGGUUCCUCUGGAUCACCAUCAGAAAUGGCUGUAAUAGUCCAAGUGGGAGGUGAGAUGAGCAGCAGAGCAAGAAAGGAGGAUGUCCUUGAAAACUGUUUAAAAAAUAAAACCAUCGGGUAUGGUGGCUCAAGUCUGUAAUCCUAGAGGCAGAGAUCUGGAAGAUUUUGGUUUGUGGCCAGCCAGGCAAAAAGUCUGUGAGACGCAAUCUCAACCAAUAACUACGCACAAUGGCAUGCCCCUGGCAUCCAAGCUAUAAGGGAAGCAUAAAAGGAUGAUCACUGUCCAGGUAGCCCAGUAUAAAGCAAGACCUUAUUUCAAAAAUAACCAAAGGAAAAAAAAAAAGGCUAAUGGAGUGACUCAAGUGGUAAGAGUACCUGCCCAGCAAGAUGACACUCUGAGUUCAAAUAAAACCAACAAGAUGGGGUGAUUGAUUCUGCAAGGCUAGUGGAAGGGACAAGUUGGGGGUGAUUACCAGGGUUUUGACUGAAACCUCCAGGUGAAUGAGGGAGGGAGUGUGUGAAAGCUACAACAGACCCUGGUUUGUAGAUACACAGCCCAGUGUACAGGAUGCAAGGCUGUAAGGAAGUAACUUGGCCUCUGUGAAAUGACCAACUCUGGCCCAAGAAAGAAGUAAUGGUUACCUUAUUGUUCCUCUGCCAGGAGUGCUGGAGCAUUUAUCUUCUGAGAGUAGAAAGAACCUCCUAAUUAUGGAGGAGGGGAAAGGAGGCUGUGCUGUGCUGCCUGCUAUGUGUAGGAAUUUUGCUGACCUGGUGGAUCUUCAUAUAUUGCCACAAGGUUCAAACAGAAAUACCAGCUGGUUUUCUGAACAGAAGAAAGAGGAAGUCUAGUUAAAAGAAACAAUUGAUUCGAGAGUCAAGGAGUAUUUGGAAAUUUGUAAACAGCACAGGACAUCAAAUGCAGAAUUCACAAGAUCGAACCCUCUGAUUUUGAAAGGUUAUAGUUUUCAAAUCACAGCCUUCCUCAAGAGAGGGAUACACCUUAGCUGCAUUGGGAGCUCACAGAACACUGAACUCCGUGUAUUCGACAAAUUUGUGGUCUGUGUUAGUCAACUUGCAUUUAGUCAUGGUAUUUUGGCAAGUCAGAAUGAAGAAUUGACAGAAGGAGCUCUCUACGGAGUGUCUGAUUAUUUUCCUGAGUAUGCAAAGAGUCAACUUUCUCCCAGUGCAAAACUUAAGAGAAAUGCUCUGAAUGAAAUUGUGAAAAGAACUGAAACAAAAAGCACAGACAGGGACACCAUGGGAACUAAUAGUGACUCAAUGAUUGCAGAGGCACCAUGAAGGAGGGAUGAAGGUCGGGCCUCUUCCAGUCCUCCAUCAGAAUCUGUGGGGCAAGGAGAGGAUUACAUAAAGGCAGCAGAGAGCCACUGGGGGCUUCCUGUACAAAAGCUGGAAAAUGUUAAUCUGAUCCAGCCAGAAGAUACUAGCAGCCAGCAAAAACCUCAUCCUGGGGAGCAGUUAGAGACAGAGCUUCUAAGUGGGAGCCCUGUCUAUAGCUAUGAGUCAGCAUCACCAGGUCCAAAGCAAAGUCCACGAACAGCCAAAACACAACAGAAACUCAGGAACUAUGGCUCUGAGGAAGACUCCAACCACCACAAGAGAGUUUCUCUUGGAAGUGAUCGAUUAGUCCCAGGAGAAAUAAUGGUGGAAAAAAGCACAGCUGUCAGUGUUUUGCCAACUUCAGAGUUGUCAGAUCCGGGGUUACUUUUUAAAUAAGAUUUGGCAAAAAAAAUGUCUAAGGAAGAACUGCAUGUUUUGGAAGAUCUUUCCAGACAUCUGAAAAAUAACCCAGGGCAGGCGCAGCAAACUAGCUCUGCCACAAAUGCUAAAAGAUUAUCUACAAUUCAGGACAGUUCAACCAAAAAAAGAAAGAAAUUGCAAAAUUGUAGUUAAGAAUUUAGUGCCCAAAUUUGUGACAAGAGCACCACAUGUAUAGUUACUGAGAUUUAAAAGGGAAUAAUUGGAAUGAUUAUUUGAAAUAAAAAUACAUAUAUCUGUGUUGGGUUUAACUUUUCAUGCAGUCAUCUCCAGGAGGCUGUAUGCUUAUUCUAACAACAUUACUACCUUCUUGUCAAAUUUUGUAACUAUUUAGAAAUUAUUUUAUUGAUAAAGAGCCAUUCACAUUGUCAAGGAGACCAUUUGUGCAAGGAUUUUAUGGAAAAACCAAUCA